AUGGAGCCAGGGUACACUCGGCUAAUCAAGCGCAGUAGUGAGGAUAUAAAUGACCAAAGUAAAAACUUACAAAUAAAUGAGGCAGAGAAUGUGGUUAUUAGUGCAUUUGAAACACAUAACGAUUCGUUUUGGAAUGAUGUCGACGAGACAGAAGACGCACUUCGACGUUACGACGCAAAUUCGAUUAUUGACGUGUUGUCACAGCAGCUUAAGAAUCGAGUCAUUCCACAAUAUCUUGAUGAGUUUGAAGUUGUAAUUCCUGAAGCUGAAGUGAUAGUUGGUACUGUACCACUUGAAGAAGUACAACAGCGAGAAGAACAAGUCGAAGAAGCUCGACUGCGUCAGAUUGAGCUAGAGAGCAAAUUGUACCAACAGCGAGAAAUUCGCUUAGCACAGCAAGAAGCAUCUGCCCGAGAUCGAGUGCUACAAGAAGCUCGUCGACGAUAUGCCGAAUUAGUGCAAAAGGAUCGACAAGAUGCUGAAACCAUGCAAUUACGAGCACGACGUAUUGGACAUGUAUUCCGACAAGCUGAAAGUCACUUAGUCGACACAUUAAAAAAACAGGAAGGUCGCGUAAAGCUAAUUUACGGAUCGUUGAGACCAUCAGAUGUAUUGCGAAGCCGAAAACGCUAUCGAGUAAAAUGGGCUCGAAUUCCAUUAUUAAUUCGCAUUCGAGGUCAAAUGCUUAAUGCUGUAAAGGAUAAACUACCACUUGGCCAUUACGUUAUGGUAGCAACUUUAUACGACAAAUUAGGUGGUCAAGCUUUACAUUGGACAAGGUGGGAUUCUGAAGUACUAGGUGGUGCUACUUCACAUGCGAACAUUAGUCGUCCAAACUUCACGCGGCCAUUUCGUCAUGGUGGUCGAUUCUAUCAUUCCGAAUUGACAGUAAAUCAGGAUAUGUUUGUCGUAUGUCCACCGCAAAUCGAGUUACGACCUACAAAUACCUUAGUGUUUGAGCUCUAUCAGCUUUCUCAAGCAACAUUUGCCGCGUAUGCCCAGUCGAUGCCUCAAAACAGACGUAAAGUCGGUCAGCUUGCUGACCCAGCGGAUCACGUUGUUGCUUGGGGAGCAUUGCCACUUACCACCCCGGAGUUCCGAGUCGUUCAAGGUAAAUUCAAGCUUCCAUUAUUGCGAGGUGAAGUGGAUGAUACGAUAGAAAAAUUUCGCGAUAUGGAAAAAAUAUAUCAAAAUAACUUGUCGUCGUGGUUGUGUAACUUUUAUUUUCAAGUGGAUCACCUUCCAUGCCCAUCAAUUGUUUCAUCUCACAAAACUACACAAAGUAAAAUUAAUGGAGAUGAAGCAUUUGAUGUCGAAAUUGAAGAACAUAGCCUGCGAUUGUUAGUACCAGAAGCUGAAAACAACACCUUGCGCAAGUCUUCUACCAUGUCAAACCACUCAACAAUGCGAAAGCGAUCGGUAGUAAAUACUGGUGGCUCUGACUCAAUACGAGAUGAAGAACAACACAAAACAUGUCAAAAAAGUGCGGCCGGUGUUAAGCCUCUUGUGGCUAUCACAACCUCAGAAGAUGAGGACACGAUUAUAACUUACCCCAAAAAAUCUAAACCAAACUCACCACGAGGUAGCUCGCAUUUUCCGCGGUGGCGGUGGAAGCGGUGGCUUGCACGAUUUAGCCCAACGAAAAAGACACGAGUUCACUCCGGUGACAUGAUUACAACACUGCAAAAUCGCAGUCCUUCUCAUAAAGCAAUGACCUUUGAUGGUACUAUUAACUCUGAAUCAGUCUCGGAAAAUCAGAAAGGCAAGCUUUUUAAUCUAUCGGAUCAGUUAACAAGCAUCGGUGAAGACUUUGAUAUAUCUCAACACAAAGAAUCAGUAAGUAUCGAGCACAAGCAGCAGCUUGAUGUGGAAAAUUACACGUAUUCUGUGAAUACCACGGCGGUGAUUGAGACAUCGCAUCAUCAACGAUACCAUACGCAGCACAAAUUACAUUACUUGCGCCACGAAUUGCUUGUAGAUCUGGAAGUUUCAAAGUGGCUUACGAUCGAAUUUUGGCGCUAUGUUGCCAUGUUAUUCUUUGCAUGCUGGAUACGUGUAUACGUGCAUUAUAUUACUCAGUGGUUCUUCUUACGAAGCAAUCGAAUUUCUGUAUAUGAUUUCCAACCAAGAUGGACAACGUGUUAUGUCAAAUAUACGUGGCAAUCCGUAGCGACACACACUGAAAUUGGUCUUUUGUUCAUUGGUGUUUUUGGCAACUUGCUUAUCUUCACUUUUCUGUGUGGUUUCGCUGCACUAUGUCAGCGAUUUAUCGGCGAUUUGCCAGCUUUUGGCUCAAAUAUUAUCGUCUGUACUGGCAUCGCCACCGUGCUCGAUCCAUUUUUAAUUCUUUUGGUUGAUGUGCUCUCACAUCACUACGGGUGCUCAAAAGUGAGCGAAUGUUCAGUAUCACUUACAGCAUCUAAAUGCACGUGUGUGACUGGUGACUGGUUUAAACUGUACGUGCGCUUACAAACACAAGAAGGAAGUGGGCUCGUUGGUACUUUUAUCACUCUUAUUCUCUAUCUGGCGCUCACGUGUCUGUCACUAUUGGUAUUUUAUCAUUACCUUCUCUAUAUUCAUAUGAACGGGCGGAUGCUGGAUGUCUACCAACGUGUGCACGGUCGAGAAGAAGCCUUUUUUGUACCACAUGACGCUGAGAUCUCACUAGAAGAGCUACAAGCAGUCUGUGCUCAGGCAACACGUUGGAAAGGUCCACACGGCUCACAGCGCAGGGUAUUCGUUCGUGAAUAUGCGUUGUCUGAUCCACGUGAUCCUCUUUCACGUGAAACCAAUACGCAUGUCGCAGUGUACAAUGUGGAAGUUGACGGCACGCGGCAAUUGCAUCGUCACUUUUUGAAAAUGCCUGAUGGAGCUGUGUUGGAGCUAUUUGGUAAGCUUGGAUCUAGUAAAGAUGGAAAUUGGAAGAGUGACUCGUCUCAACGGGCCGCAUCACUAGCACUAUUGUACAAUAUAUUAAAAGAUAUUCAGCAAGAUGACAAUCCAGCUCCGAUAACUGGCGAUGAUCUUUUUGACGAUUUAUAG